CUUCAAGUCCUCCAACACCACCGACGAGACCUUCCAUUUCCCGACGUUCGCGAGUACCUGCCGCCGCAACGUCAAACACCAAACCACCUCCCCCCAUUGCACCUGCCACCUGCAGCGCCUCUCGUCGUUUCGGGACAACUUAGGAAACAAUGGCCAUGGAGAUCGUCAAGCACAGCGAGGAGGAGGAGUUCGCCAUCAAGCCGCAGGCCUCGGUCCCCCAUCUGGACACGAGCAACUGGCCUCUGUUGCUCAAGAACUACGACAAGCUUCUCGUCCGGACGGGUCACUUCACCCCCAUUCCGGCAGGAUGCAGCCCUCUGAAGAGAGACAUCAAGUCGUACAUCUCCAGCGGUGUCAUCAACCUCGACAAGCCCUCCAACCCCAGUUCCCACGAGGUUGUCGCUUGGGUCAAGCGAAUGCUUCGCGUUGAAAAGACUGGUCACAGCGGUACCCUUGAUCCCAAGGUCACUGGUUGUUUGAUUGUUUGCGUCGACCGUGCCACCAGGCUCGUCAAGUCCCAGCAGUCCGCCGGUAAGGAGUACGUUGCCGUCAUCCGCCUCCACGACAAGCUGCCCGGCGGCAAGGUGCAGUUCGCCCGCGCCCUCGAGACUUUGACCGGUGCCCUCUUCCAGCGCCCGCCCUUGAUCUCUGCCGUCAAGCGUCAGCUGCGUAUCCGUACCAUCCACGAGAGCAAGCUCAUUGAGUUUGACAACGAUCGCCACCUUGGUGUCUUCUGGGUUUCGUGCGAAGCUGGAACCUACAUCCGUACUCUCUGCGUCCACCUCGGUCUUUUGUUGGGCGUUGGUGGCCACAUGCAGGAGCUCCGCAGAGUGCGCAGUGGUGCCAUGGACGAGACCAAGGGCAUGGUCACUCUGCACGACGUGCUUGAUGCUCAGUGGACCAUGGACAACACCAGGGAUGAGUCUUACCUGCGCAAGGUCAUCUCUCCCCUCGAGACCCUCCUCACUAGCUACAAGCGUAUUGUGGUCAAGGACAGUGCCGUCAACGCUGUCUGCUACGGUGCUAAGCUCAUGCUUCCCGGUCUUCUUAGAUACGAGUCUGAGAUCGAGGUCCACGAUGAGGUUGUCCUCAUGACCACUAAGGGCGAGGCCAUCGCUCUCGGUAUUGCCCAGAUGUCCACCGUCGAGAUGUCGACAUGCGACCACGGUGUUGUUGCCAAGGUCAAGCGAUGCAUCAUGGAGCGUGACCUGUACCCCAGGAGAUGGGGACUUGGCCCCCUUGCUUCCGAGAAGAAGAAGCUCAAGGCCGACGGCAAGCUCGACAAGUACGGCCGCCCCAACGAGGCCACCCCCGCCAAGUGGGUGUCUGAGUACAAGGACUUUGGCGCCGCCGAGGGUGCCGCCGCCGCCGCCGCAUCAUCCGCUCCGGCCACUCCCCAGAAGGUCGUGGAGACGUCGACCGUCACGACGAGCGUUGCAGUCACCCCCGCCAACAACGAGGAUGACGGCGAGAGCAAGAAGCGCAAGAAGCACGAGGGCGAGACACCCGACGAGAAGGCGGAGCGCAAGCGCCGGAAGGCCGAGAAGAAGGCAGCCAAGGCCGCAAAGAAGGCGUCCAAGUCAGGUGGUGCUGACGAGGAUGACGACAGCGAGUAAGCUCUGACGGAAUUCGUCUUGUCGAUUGGCUCGAUACCAUGUGUUUUGUUGACAAUGGUCGGUGGUUGGCUAUUGUAUCAUAAAAAAAUGGCUUUGGCAAGUGGCGUUUGGUUCUGGUUUCCUGCUGAACAUAGUGCGGACUGGCUGGAUAGGAGUAGAUAGGUCCUAUACGAAAAUUAAAAGCGACGACUACUACUGUCGCAUCAGUUCACG